AAACACUUUUUUUUACUUUCUCCUGUAAAAGGCAAUGGCAACAAUGAAAAUUUGCCAAUACUGCCUACUACGCCACGAACAUCACGCCCCAGGCAAAGACUCGUAUUGAAUCCAAUUGGUCAGUCAGUAAGAAGAGAUAUGUACGUUAUAUGGACAGCUAAUAUGAGACGCGAUAAUAAGGAUAUGAAUGUUGAAAUGAUACAUCUUGGAAAGGGAGUGUCAAUAUCGUUGGAAAAGUGGGAACAUAUCAAAAUUAUUUCGAAUACAAGAAAGGGCUUUGUAAAAAAUCUUCUCCGAAAUAUAUACCGCACAGACCAAAUUGCUAACAGAUGCAUGCGGGAUACUGGAAAAUUACAAAAAUGCACGGCGCGUGCAUCACCUCGAAAAAUAGUGACUCCUAAGAAGUUAUGGGUACUCAGGGAAUCCCUUAAAUUAUAUUUAACAAGAUAUAAAACAUCUUUAGUCAAAAAACAUCAGGAUGUAUUAAGUUGUCUUAAAGAUGUUAAUGCAGCAAUAUCAGAAGAAACCAACUUUCAAAAUCAACAAUAUAAAAAUGGGAUUAAUGAGGAGCCAGAAGAUCCCAUCUGCAUUGAAGAAGACAUCAAUCUUUAUGAACUCUAA